AUGGCUGCAAUAGUAGAAGAUAUACCAAUUGCUAUUCCUAAAGAGGAGGAUUCAGGUCGAAUUAUUCAACAAAGUUAUGUUCUUUCAUCACAAUAUGAAUCACUUGAUACUGAUGAUUUAUAUACAAAAUAUAAAAAACUUCAACGGCAACUUGAAUUCUUAGAAGUUCAAGAAGAAUAUGUUAAAACAGAAUUAAAAAAUUUAAAAAAAGAAAUGUUACAUGCACAAGAAGAAAUAAAACGUAUUCAAAGUGUACCACUUGUUAUUGGACAAUUUCUUGAAGCUGUUGAUCAAAAUACUGGGAUUGUUGGUUCGACUACAGGUUCAAAUUAUUAUGUACGAAUUUUAUCAACAAUUGAUCGAGAACUUUUAAAAGCUGGUGCUAGUGUUGCUUUACAUAAACAUUCAAAUGCACUUGUUGAUAUUCUUCCACCGGAAUCAGACAGUAGUAUUUCCAUGUUACAAGCUGAUGAAAAACCGGAUGUUGAUUAUACGGAUAUUGGCGGGUUAGAUUUACAAAAACAAGAAAUUCGUGAAGCUGUUGAAUUACCAUUGACACAUUUCGAAUUAUAUAAAUUAAUUGGUAUUGAUCCACCACGGGGUGUACUCAUGUAUGGUCCUCCUGGUUGUGGAAAAACAAUGUUAGCUAAAGCUGUUGCUCGACAUACAACUGCUUCAUUUAUUCGUGUAGUUGGUUCAGAAUUUGUUCAAAAAUAUCUUGGUGAAGGUCCUCGAAUGGUUCGAGAUGUAUUUCGUCUUGCAAAGGAAAACUCUCCUGCUAUUAUUUUUAUCGAUGAAAUUGAUGCAAUUGCUACAAAACGUUUCGAUGCUCAAACAGGAGCUGAUCGUGAAGUACAACGUAUUUUACUUGAAUUACUCAAUCAAAUGGAUGGUUUCGAUCAGAGUAUUAACGUUAAAGUUAUAAUGGCAACAAAUCGUGCUGAUACACUUGAUCCAGCUCUUCUUCGUCCUGGUCGUUUAGAUCGUAAAAUAGAAUUUCCUUUACCUGAUCGACGACAAAAACGUUUAAUUUUUUCAACUGUAACUAGUAAAAUGAAUUUAAGUGAUGAAGUUGAUUUAGAAGAUUAUGUUGCACGUCCUGAUCGUAUAUCAGGUGCUGAUAUUAAUUCAAUUUGUCAAGAAGCUGGUAUGCAAGCUGUACGUGAAAAUCGUUAUAUUGUAUUAGCAAAAGAUUUUGAAAAAGCAUAUAAAAAUGUUGUAAAGAAAAAUGAACAAGAUUUUGAAUUUUAUAAGUAA